UUUGACAUGACUUUACGUGAACCAACAUUUAAAGAGUUGCAUGUCCAAUGAAAAACGGUGCACACUAACACCAUUUUUUUAUAUAUCAAUUUUCAACAUAGAAAAAACGAAUAACUCCAUCUUUUUGCUUAGUCAACUUUAUUAAGAGUACCGUUGUAAAUCGGACACGUAAAUGGAGGCUAAUAGUCUUCAAAGAUGGAUCAUUGUUUUGCGCAAUUUCAAGUGACACUCCAUGCAAAGAUGGCAAUUCCCGAUUCACAAUGGUACUCUUAAAAAUCCUUAACUGAUGUAGUUUAAAUUAGACAUUAAUGUGUAUAAAUUUGAGAACUGAUUAUUUUUAAUCGGGGUUUCUCUACAAAAGUAACUUGCGCCUUUCUACUACAAGAAAACAAAGAAGUUGCCAGAAUGCAACACUUAAAACAUAGAGUGAAAAUAAAUUGAUCAGAUUUUAAGGGUACCUUUGUAAUUCGCUGACAGUCCCUUUAAUAUGUACGAUUUGUCUACGCAUUUUUUUAUUGUUCGUUUUGAUUUCAGACUAGAAUGUCGGCCGAGGAAGUUUUACAAAAAUUAUCCCAAGAAUCCCCUUUAACAUCUACCCAGCUGGCUCAACGGUUGAACUGUGAUCAUCAGAAGAUAGUUGGUUCGAUUAAAAGCCUGGAGUGUCUUGGUGAUGUUAUCAGCUCUAAACUUGAAACUAUCAAGAAAUGGCAGCUUACACAGGAAGGAGAAAUGGUUGCCAAAGAUGGCAGUCACGAGGCAAUCGUCUUCUAUUUAGUUCCAACAGCUGGUAUCCCUCAAGCUGAACUUAUGAAGGCUGCUGGCAGUGUUGGUAAAGUGGGGUUCAGCAAGGCGAUGUCUGCUGGCUGGAUUACAUUAGAUAAGACCGCAGUGCCUCCUCUUGUGCGUAGAAAAGUUGAAUCUGUACAGGACACCACUCAGGUAAACCUUGCCGCAAUCUGUUCUCAGGGUGGAGACGUUGUAGCAGAGAAGGAGAAGGUUGAAUUGAAGAAGAGAAAGCUUGUUCAAGAGAUCACGGAGAAGAUCUAUAUCCUGGAGAAGGGAUCUAACUUCACAACUAGUAUUACCAAGGCUGAAACUGAUCUAACUCCUGAAAUGAUCAGCUCUGGCGACUGGAAGAACAUCUCCUUUAAACCUUACAACUUUGAUGCUCUUGGGGUCUCUCCUGACGGAGGAACUCUGCAUCCCCUUCUUAAAGUCAGGUCUGAAUAUAGACAGAUCUUCUUAGAGAUGGGGUUCACAGAGAUGCCGACCAACAACUUUGUUGAGAGUAGUUUCUGGAAUUUUGAUUCUUUAUUCCAGCCACAGCAGCAUCCAGCUAGAGAUGCUCAUGAUACUUUCUUUAUCAGUGAUCCAAGUACCACUACAUUGACCAACCAGGAGUACGUGGAAAAGGUUUCCGAGAUACAUUCCAGGGGAGGAUUCGGGUCCCAGGGGUACGGAUAUGAUUGGAAAACCGAGGAGGCUGCCAAGAACUUGUUGCGGACUCAUACAACUGCUGUAUCAGCCAGAAUGCUGCACAAGUUGGCCCAGCAGGAUGUUUUUACUCCUCAGAAGUAUUUCUCGAUAGAUCGAGUCUUCAGAAAUGAAACCCUGGAUGCAACUCAUUUGGCAGAGUUUCAUCAGAUUGAGGGUGUGAUUGUGGACUACGGGCUGACUCUUGGAGAUCUUAUAGGUGUUCUCUACCAAUUCUUCCAAAAGCUUGGAAUUCAUCAACUAAGGUUCAAGCCUGCCUACAACCCUUACACUGAACCCUCUAUGGAGAUAUUCUCUUAUCAUGCAGGUUUAGGGAAAUGGGUUGAGAUUGGGAACUCGGGAAUAUUCAGACCUGAAAUGUUGCUACCUAUGGGACUACCGGAUAAUGUACGAGCUAUAGCCUGGGGUCUAUCCCUAGAACGACCCACCAUGAUUAAAUAUGGAAUUGACAACAUCAGGGAUCUGGUUGGACAUAAAGUGAACUUAAAGAUGGUGAAAGAGAAUCCUCUGUGUAGAAUCUAGAAGAUGUCGAAAGAGAAUCUAGAAGAAUUCAAAAAAAUAAAUUUUUUUAUUUUUUUC